AUGAUGUCGCAUGCCCACAAGCAAUUCCUCUUUGCAGUGCUUGUUGGUUUUGCUCUUGCAGCCUUAGUCCAUUCCCAGAACCAAUCAGGCUUCAUUAGCAUAGAUUGCGGUCUCCCGAAUAAUUCCGGCUACACUGAAACGACAACAGGCAUUAAUUACAUUUCAGACUCGACCUUCAUAGACACUGGUGAAAGCAAGUACUUAUCGGCUAAUCAUGAUUUGAACUAUUAUCAGCCAUACUGGUAUGUAAGGAGCUUUCCUCAAGGAGUGAGGAACUGCUACAAAAUAAACGUCACAUAUGGCACCAAGUAUUUGAUCCGAGCUGGUUUUCAGUAUGGGAAUUAUGACGGGGAAAAUAAACCACCCGGAUUCGAACUGCAUCUCGGAGCUAAUUUGUGGGAUAAAGUGAAUUUCUCGACGGAGUUUGAUCUGACAACCAGAGAGCUCAUACAUGUCACUCUGCAAGACUAUAUACAUAUUUGUUUGGUGAACACAAACAAAGGGGUUCCAUUUAUAUCAUCGAUCGAACUAAGGCCUUUACUCAAUACAUCUUAUAAACAAGGACCGGGGUUUUUGGCACUUGUCUCGCGGUAUGACACUGGUUUGUCUACAACUAAUGAUACAGGAUCCAGCAGGUAUCCAACCGAUAUUCAUGAUCGCAUCUGGGAGCCCUCUUACGUUUCUGAUGAGACAGAGUUCCAAUUAAGAACCUCAGCCAUCAUGAAUGAAUCUUAUCAAAAUGUCUUCGAAAUACCAUCUACUGUGAUGAGCACUGCUGUGGCCCCAAAAAAUGCAAGCCAUGCCUUGGAAUUUUACUGGGAUUCUCCUGAUAACAAUUCGGAAUAUUAUAUCUACUUUCACUUUGCAGAAAUUGAAAAGCUUCGGCCUCCCCAGCAUAGAAAUCUCUCUAUGAUUUCGAGCGGUGGAUGGUUUCCAAGCCUAUUUACUGGCAACUCUACCCUUCCACCCAUCCUCAAUGCCUACGAGAUUUACGAGGCUAAAAGGUUCCUAGAAUUGGAGACAAACCAAGGAGAUAUCGAAGCAAUCGAAAACAUCAAGCUACAUUACAAAAUCAGUAAGAACUGGCAAGGAGAUCCAUGCAGCCCUCAAGCUUACAAGUGGGAAGGACUAAAUUGUAGCUAUCCUGAAUCCAGGCCCCCAAGAAUCAUAUCUUUGAAUUUGUCCUCCAGUGACUUAAGAGGCCAGAUAUCUCCUUUUAUAGCUAAUCUCACAAUGAUACAAGCUUUGGAUUUAUCAAACAAUGACUUGACGGGUCCAAUUCCAGACUUUUUGUCCCAAAUGCCAGAUUUAUAUGUCCUAAACUUGGGAAAGAACAAGCUCGCGGGCCCAGUUCCAGCAGGGCUCAUUGACAGAAAUAAAUAUGAUGGGCUAUCAUUGAGGAGAUUAACAAUUUUCAUCCAAACAGAGCCAUUCAAGAUACAGGGUCGAAAAUUUACAAAAUCAGAGAUCAACAAGAUCACCAGCAAUUCUACACUAAUUGGAAGAGGCGGAUAUGGAGAAGUCUACCAUGGCACUCUGGAAAAGGAUACUCAAGUUGCCGUGAAAAUACUCAAUUUAUCAUCAAGACAAGGGUCAAAAGAAUUUCAAAAUGAGGUUAAACUAUUGAUGAGAGUUCAUCAUAGAAACUUGGUUUCUUUCAUUGGCUACUGUGACGAAGGUGACACUAUGGCACUUGUUUACGAAUAUGUUGGGAAUGGAAAUUUGCAACAGCAAAUAUCAGCUGCAGGUGCAGAUAUAGGCUUGACUUGGAAGCAGAGACUUCAGAUUGCAGUAGAUACAGCACGAGCUCUUGCAACUGAAACUGCUACUCAUGCAUUAACAGACCUCAGAGGAACAUAUGGGUACCUGGAUCCUCAAUAUUGCACAACUGGACAGCUCACUAGAAAGAGUGAUGCAUACAGCUUUGGGAUUGUCUUGCUGGAGCUUAUAACUGGCAGACCAGCAAUAAUAACAGAUGUAGAACCUGUCCAUGUUAAUGUCUCCGAUUGGGUGAGGGCUAAGUUUGAGAGAAUGGAAAUUGAAAGCAUAGUAGAUUCAAGAGUACAAGGGACAUACAAGUAUUCUUCUGCACAGACAGCUAUAGAAACUGCUCUGGCUUGUGUGUCAAAAACACCAACUGAAAGACCAGAAAUAAGUUAUGUGUAUGACAGAUUGAAGGAAUGCUUGGAAAUUGAGAAGGUUAAGCAGCUUUAG